CGCCGCGGCUCCGCUCGGCGGGGACGGCCCGGGGAGGAGGGGCGGCGCACGGCGGGGGCGCCUCCGCCUCGCUGCUUCCUGGCGACUCGGGGCGCCCCGCGCUGCGCCGGAGCGGCUGCCCCGAGCGCGCCCGGCCGUUGGCGGCGGGGCGGGGCGAGGCGAGGCGAGGCGCGUGCCCCGCGGGCGGCGGCUCGGAGGUGCCGCUAACGGUCGCCCGCGCGCUGGGGACCCGCCGAGGCAGGCGGCGCGCGGAGGCUGCGAGGAGAAACUAUGGAAACUUUAUCUCUGGCUACUAAGAAACUGUGCGGUCAAGUAAAUUCUGUACCGGAAAGGAUCUGCCAUCCAAAAAGGAAGAAAACAGUGAAAAUGUUACACAGCAAUGGGUCAAGAAGCUGGCAAACCUGCCUGGCCCAAACCAGCAGGAGGCUAUCAGACUAUUACAGGUAGAAGAUAUGGAAGAAGACAUGCUUAUGUCAGUUUUAGACCAUCUUUGACCAACCAAGACAGGAAUGGACACCAACUCAGUGGAGAAUGUGAAGGAUUGGAACUGGACGAUGUUCAGAAAGAGAAGUCUUUGUGUUCCAGUCCAUUGGUUCAAGUUUGUUCUCAUUUAUCGGAUGAGCCUUUGUUAGAAAAUGUUGGAACUGGAGCACCUGUUUGUCGAACUGUAUCGAGCCAAACUUUUGAGACAAACACUUCACCAUUUUCUCUAGUCUCUUACAGUCUGGAAGGCAACCAAAUGUCAGGGAGCAUUAUGAAUCCUGAUAAAAUUUCCGAGGACCUUGCAGAAUAUGCUUCUGGAGAGUGUAAUGAUUUGAAUGGCCAGAAUGGAAUUGCUUUUGUAAACAUUGACUCUUAUGAGCCAGAUAGCAGUGAUGGAGAGGAUGAUGACGGCCAAGGUAAUCUUUCCUUGGCAAAAGAAGAAGCAGGUGUAUUUCAGGAAACACUAGAUAACAUGCUUUCUGAGUUAGAAAAAGGUGUAGAGUCUUUUUCUGACUUACAGUCCCGGUUAUCCAGUCUUAACAGAAGCGUUUCUAGGGAAUGUUGCGAAGAAGUGGGACCAGUGCCUUUAGUGAGAUACUCUAACAGAGAUUCAGACUUGGCCCAUCAAAACAACAGGACAUUUAAAAAAUCUUCUGCUGAAGAUCACGCCAUACUGAAAAAUAACCUGAGUAUUGCCAGUUGUGAAACACAACAGACAAAAGAUAUAGUGGAUGUUGGAAUCAGGACCCCUAUUUGUAAUGAAUUAAAUGUCAGUGAUGGAAAGACUGACCAAGGGAAUCCACCUGAACUGGUAGUGAGACCCAAAAUUAGAAAACAAAAUCCUACAAACCCGUUGGAUAGAAAAAAGCUUCUCCCUAAUGAUGAUGAAGAGAAGAGCAGUUCUAGGAGGCAAAGUGAAAUUGCUGAAGUCCAUCAUGGCCAUGCAGAGUGUGCCUUGAGGAAUGGCAAAGAAAAAAUGAGUUCCAGUAUGUUUUUUGACCCAAGAGACUAUGAAGGUACACAGAAGAAUGCAAAAAUAGACCUAAGGAAAAAUGCAACUGCUCAGGAAAGAAAAACUGUGUUAGAUGAUAACACUUUCUGGGAUGAGUUUGAAGACUGCAGCAGACACUUCUCAAUGUCCCACAAAGAUGAAGACAGGUGUCUUCUGUCACUGCUAGUAUUGGAUGAGCCUUCCAAGUGUAUUAGCAAAUGUAGCGAUUGCUCGGAAUGCAGUGACGGAGAAUGGUCUGCAUCUCUGCCUGCGUACUUUGCUGCUACGGAUAAAGACCAGUCCUCAAGUGAUGAGAGCUGGGAGACUCUCCCAGGCAGGGAGGAACAUGAGCCUGAAGUGCAGAGCAACAGCAGUGGCCUAGAAGAGGAGAACACAGACUUCUGUUUCCAAGGAGGGGAACAGACAUCUUUGGAGGAAGGAGAGAUUCCUUGGUUACAGUAUCAUGAAGAAAUAGAAAGUAGCAGUGAUGAGGAAGAUGAUCCAGUUAGUCAUUUUGUGCAUCCUGGCUUCUUUAUGUUGGAUGGAAACAACAACCUUGAGGAUGACUCCAGCAUGAGUGAAGACCUGGAUGUGGAGUGGAGACUACUUGAUGAAUUUGGGGAUGGCCUUGGAGUCGCUCAAGCCAUUUCAUAUGUGGAUCCUCAAUUUCUCACAUAUAUGGCAUUGGAGGAACGCUUAGCACAAGCUAUGGAGACUGCUCUGGCACAUUUGGAGUCUCUGGCUGUUGAUGUUGAACAGGCUCAUCCACCAGCUAGUAAAGAAAGCAUAGACUGUCUCCCACAGAUUAUUGUCACCGAUGACCACAAUGCUGUAGGCCAAGACCAGUGUUGUGCUAUUUGUUGCAGUGAAUAUGUAAAAGAUGAAAUCAUAACAGAGCUACCCUGUCAUCAUUUCUUUCACAAACCCUGUGUAACUCUUUGGUUACAGAAGUCGGGAACAUGCCCUGUUUGUCGUCACGUGCUUGCACCCAUGCUUCCUGAAGCAACUGCUGCCACUGCCUCCUUUUUGUCUGACCAUAAUUCCUCAUCUUCUGUUCACAGCACAACAGGAACUCCGAACUAGGGUCUGAAAUGAAGUCUUGGCCACCAAAAUAAGAAUGUAAAUUUCUCCUGUUUAAUUACAAUGUGAAAACAAUUAUAUAUAAAAUAUUAUCUGUAAAAUAUUAUAUAUAGUAUAUAUUUUAGUUUAGAAAGAGGAUGUAAGACUUUCUAAACUGUUUAGGUUUACAAUAAUAGCUGAAAUUUUCAAACUAAAAGUUGGAAAAACGUGCACCCUUUUUUUGCAGUAGAAUGUUGCUGUUAACCAUAAUAUCUAAAGCUUGUAUUAUGAUAAAUUUGUCCAAAAAGAUAAUUAAUGUGGCACUUUAUGUGUUUAAGUUCUUGCAACUGCAGUGCAGUUGGAGCAUUAUUAAAGUUAUGCUUAUAACCUGUUUUACAUAAUAUAACCAAACUAUUUGUUUUUGUCAAAGUUAGUGCCACUGAGUGACUUUGUGAUUGAUCUCUCAUGUUUGCAUCAAAUGUGAAGAUGUUCUGUGAUCACAGCAGUAGCAGAAUUUGGUUUCACUGGAAAUAAAUUGCAUAAUGGAACAAUAUUUCUUAUGAGUUUAUUCCAUAAUAAACUUUUUUGAGAUGUCAGAAGUCCUAUUAAACUGCUGAUGACAUGACAGUCUGGGCUUUUCAUAAUUGCUAGCACCAUUUUUAAGCAUAUAUCCUGUCUAAGAAGUUGAAUCUGUAAGAGCUGGAUACCUGCUUCCUUCAGUUUUUGUUGAAAUUCCAUUCCACUGAUCAGCUCUUUUUAACCUUCUUUUUCUUUUUUUUUCUUUUUUUUAUAUGGGGCAGGGAUGCUUGCUUAAUGCAGAUAUAGUUAAAAUAUUUUUAGGCUCCUGGAGUCUGUCUGAAAAGUGUAGUAAGAACUUUAUGCACUUAAUUGAGAAAUACAUUGUCACAAUAUUCCUCAAGGCCAGCAGAGGGGAAUGGCAGUGGAAUAAACGGGUUAUUAGGAUGAUUAUUGUAAACUUAAGAAAUAUAAAAAUGAACAUUUCUAGUAUUUCGACUGGCUGUAAUGGGCUGUGCUACAUUUAAUAUUUUAAAGGAAAAAAGACUGUAGUUUCUAAAAUGUGCUUCUAUGAAUAAUUUCAUGUCUCUUAAUGUUUUUGCACAUACUGAAGUUAAUCUCGCGGGACAGGAAUUUGAGAUUUGCAUGUGUAUAUGCGUACUAAUGGCUGCUCAACAGCUUUUCUGUGGUCUUUGGAUAGAUAAGCAAUUCCUACAGUGUUGCUGUACAGGGACAAUGUAUGUGGGGUCAAAUCCAAACCCUACUAAAGCAAUUUUUUCCAGUUUUUCCAGUAACUAAGAGUUGAAUUAAACUCUUGAAAAGGAAAAGUGACUAAUAAAAUUAUCUUCUUGUAGCAAUUCUUGAGCUACUCAAUUAUGAUUAUGGCUGCCACCAUAGUAUCUCAUUGCUUUACAAGUAUUAGUGUGUUCUUUUAACAGCAGUAGAAGAUAUACAGUACUGAUUUUGGAGGGGCAUAUUGAAUUGUGUGACUUGUUUUGCAGUGUGACUUGUGGACUGGAGCAGAACAAAGAAUUGAUGGCAGUUGACAUGAGUCUACCCCUGAGGGUUUUCAAUUAGGUAAUUCCACACUUUGGAGUAUAAGGAAGCCAAAACAGUAGGAUACUCGUGAGAAGUGGCAGAUGUGGUUAGCACAGCUCCUUAUAAGCUUAUUUUCCUGUGGGAGAACACUGCAUUGCAUUUCACUGAAAUAGGCAUCAGCAAGACUUUGGGAAAUGUGACAAGCAACAUAUACUUCUGGGCGUAUAUCUGCUCAUUGGUGAAGUUCAUGCUAAUCCAAGAAACAGUAUUUUUCCACGUCUUUGUUACAAACCAGUGCUGCGGGGUCAUAAAGUAGUUGAUCUGUGGCUACCAAAUGCUCGAGACAAUAAAAUAGUAAUGCAGUCUAAAUUUAAAAUUGAUCCGAGGUCUGCGUGGAAUCCUGGGAUGUAUGUAGAUUUAAGAUAAGGCGGAAAUUAAGACAUUCAUAUCCCUUGCAGGAAAAAACAGCAGAAGGUUGGACUUCAUUGCUUAGUAGUGUUAACCUUGCUAUUGUGGCAGUUGUGUUCUUCAGUAGCUCUCAUCUGCAGCAAAUGCUAUGGCAGAUAUUUUAACCAGCCCUUACUGUAUAGUUUCUCUCUGGAACAGCACAAUAUGAUGGCCUUCAUUAAUCUCUUAACAGUGUUUUAUGAAGAGAUUUACUUUAAUCUCUGUGCAAGAUUUGGAAACACUCUUGCUAGUGUGUUAAAUUUUUGACUCCAAACUUAACCAGCAAGGUCAAGAGAUCAAGCAGCUGUUGUUGGGCUUUUUCCUUCCUUUGCUAUGUGUUGCUGGCCUCAGCUCUCACUUCUUUCUGUUUCUAAAAAGCUGGUAAAUAGUUGUCUAAAAGAAGAGUGUUUGGGCUCUUGGUGUGUGCUUUUUAACUUGAAUGUAAAGGUCUUGGCAGAUCUUUCAUGGCUCCUCAACAGAGGAAAUACCAGAUGAAAAAUCUCUCUAACAAGGGAUUUGAAAAAGCAUAUGCUGGAUCAUACCCAGAAGAUUUUAAGUGAAAGUGUAUGGCACAAAAAAGGGAGAGUCAAAUGAUAAACCACUGUCCGUUUGUUGUGAUUAUUUAAUUUUUUUGGUAAAUGAUGUCAUACCAGAUUGCCAUGCAGAUUCUGUGGUUCCUACUUUGAAUCUAAAAUUGUUUGAGAUGGGCCUGGUUCUUGAAAAGGCCAUGGAAAGUAUUAUUUUUUUCUAGAACAAUAAAAGUUAAUUUUUUUUCUUUGUUCAAAGAGAAUAUUCUAGACUUUCUACAGUAAAAGAACUUUUAGCUGCAAGGAAAAAUCCUUCUCUUCCAUGUUAGGUAAAAACAAAACAUUCAACAAGAAAAAAUAAGUAAAAGUAGGGAGGAAAAAAAGGCUUGUUUCUAUUAGAGGUUUGUGUUAUCUCUGUAUGCAACAGUACAUUGGAGGUUUCUGACUUAAGUCUAAUAAAAAAAAUCAUAAAAGUGGAUACAGGAAUGACCUACUUUGAAUGAUAGUUCAGUAAUAUAAAAUUCAUUGUGCAAAAAGUAUUUUUGGUAAACUAACUGUGAGAUGUAAGCUGAAUGCAUUUUAACAUUUCAAUAAAACAUUUUCAUUCCAGA